AUGAGCAAUUACAGAAAUCAAGACUAGGAGAACUAUUCUCCAGACAAGGAAAAUUAUCAAUAUGAAGAUGAUCAAAAUGAUUUAAAUGAUCAAUAAUAUGAUAAUGAAGAAGAUUAACAGCAGUAUGUAGAGUAGAAUGAGGAGGGUUAUGCUCAGCAAAGCGCUAUUAAUAAGUAUGUUGGAAGCAGGCAGGCAAAAAAGCGUGCUGAGGAGGACGCCAGAUUACUUCAGAACAGAAUCAUGCUGCUUAAAUUAGAGGAGAAAAAGGCUUGGAAGAAAAUUGAAGAUACAAAGAAAAAGGCAAGGGAAAUCAUGCAAAACAGACAGAGAAAUGAGGAAUCACUUAGAUAGAAGGAACAAAGGGUAAAGGAUAAGGAAACUCAAGAGAGAAUGCUUCAAGAAAGAAACAUGAACUUGAGAUAGCAAAUCAAGGAUGGAGUCUAAUAAAAAGCAGAAGAGACUCAUACCAAAAAAAGGGAACAAGCUGAUCAAAUUAAGUAUCAGAAGUAAGAAGUUAACGAGCAAGUCAACUACAUUAAACAGUAGGAGCAACUGAGAAAUGCAUCAAUGAAGCAAAUGAUUAAGAAUCAAGAAAUGUCUCUCGAAGAAAGAAAGCGUCUUCAAUAGCAAGAAAAGAGAGCUAAAGCUCGGCAAGAGCUAAUUAAUCGCAUCUUAGAGGAAAAUGAGAGAAGAAUCCAAAUUGAAUCUGAAGUAUCAAAAAUGGAGCAGGAAGAACUUGAGCUCAUUGGAAGAUUGCAAAACACUCAGAUGCUCUAAAAAGCUGCUUACGACGAUCUUGAAAACGCACUCGGAGGCUAAGGAAGUGGGACUACUAGCAGAAUCAGUGGUAUGUGA